AUGAAGCUUCUUGUUGGAUCAAAUCCAUGGACAAAUUCUUCCAUUUCUAGGAUUCUGAGAGUUGUGGCCUACUCCACGAAGACCCUCAGCAGCCCUAGCGCCUCCACUUCAAAGCCACCCGACACUCUGCCCAUUCGUAUCUCUCGAUUCGGCGAUCCCAAAGCCUCCAUCGUCCCGGUGCUCAAUCAAUGGCUUGAAGAAGGCAAACCCAAGAAGCAAUCCAUGCUCCAAAUUAUAAUCCGACAGCUCCGCAGUUUUCGACGCUACAAGCAUGCCCUUGAGGUAUCGGAGUAUAUGGGCGAAGAAAUGAAAUAUAAUAUUUCCGUAUGGGAUAUGGCUGUAAGGUUGGAUUUGAUCUCAAAAGUGCACGGCGUGGAUCAAACUGAGAAAUAUUUCAACAGUCUUCCUGAGGCAAUGAGGAAUUUCCAGGUAUAUGGUGCCCUUUUAAAUUGCUAUGCGAACAAUAAAUGUCUAGAAAAAGCAGAGGCCACCAUACAAAUUAUGAGGAAAUCGGGGCUUCCGAUCAACGCGGUGUCCUAUAAUGUAAUGUUAAAUCUCUAUCAUCACCUAGGAAAACACGACAAGUUAGAUACCCUUAUGCAAGAGAUGACAGAUAAAGGAAUUAAACAUGAUGCCUUCACGAACAGCAUUCGGCUGAAUGCUUAUGUAUCGUCUUCUGAUAUCGAGGGGAUGGAGAAAUUCCUGACUAGGAUAGAGAAUGAUGUUGGAAUCACCCUGGAUUGGCAUGCUUAUGUUAUUGCAUCGAAUGCGUACCUGAAAGCCAAGUUAACUGAAAAGGCUUUACAAAUGUUGAGAAUAGCAGAGCAGCUAGUUCCUCAGGGAUCAAGAAAGCAUGCUUAUGAAGUAUUCCUCACAGUAUAUACCAAUCUAAGGAGAAAAGAUGACGUACAUCGUAUAUGGAAGUUGUAUGGAAACUUGGGGAAAUUUUUUAUUUCUGGCUAUUUAUGUAUGAUAAGCUCGUUGGUAAAGUUGGAUGAUUUGGAUGGUGCUGAGAGGGUUUUGGCAGUGUGGGAGUCUGGAUGCUCAUUUUUUGAUGCUCGGAUUCCAAAUGUGAUGAUCAGUGCCUAUUGCAGAAAGGGUUUUGUUGAAAGGCCGAAGCAUAUACAAAGAGACUGA